AUGGAGUCUGCUCCCAAUUUUAGCAGUAUCAUCCUCUCACCGUCAUUCACCUUCCUCGUCGGCCCGCAACAUACGAAGCUGACAAUUCAGUCGGGGCUCGCCCAGCAUGUCUCCAAGCCACUUCACAAUCUCAUGAACGGUCCGACGAGGGAAUCAAAACACCGAAUCGCCGUUCUAGAAGAAGAUGAUGUUGAAACCUUCGCCGCUUUCUGCGAGUAUGCAUACACUGGCGAUUAUAGUGUCCCUCGUCCCGAACGGGAGGUCCAGGAAGAGCACAGGCAUGGAGUAGUGGAGGGCUCGCCGGAUACCGCCACCUGGAGAGGGAAUUACCGGACUGGUUCGAUGUCGUCGACUGUGCCACCCCCGGCUCCGUCACCACCUCCACAGUUUCGCCAUCGGGGACAAGGACCGUAUCAUCAGCCUGCGCCUGAGCCAGAGAUGCCAGUGCCUCAGCCCGUAUCUGAGCCUGCGCCCGCCGAGGUGAAGGAACCGGUUACUCCAACCUUUGCGCCAGAGCCCGAGGCUCCAAUCGAUGUGGCAGAGCCAGAGCCGGAGACAGAGACAUACCACGAGGCGGAGGCUGCACCAGAGCCAUCAGCCGAGGAUGCGCCUCCUGCCGACGAUGAAUGGGCGGUUCCGACCGAGGAACCUGCGACAUGGGAGCCAGAAGAACCCAAGGCAAACAAAAAAAAGGGAAAGAAAGGGAAGAAAGGCAAAAAGCAAGCAGAGCUUGUCGAAGAAGAACCUCCCGCUCCAAAUGAACCUGUCAGCCUUACGCCGCCAUCAACGCCACCUCCAGAAGUUGCUGCCGAGCCCGCGCCGGAGCCAGAAGCAGAGCCCAUUGAAGAAUGGGCUACAGCAGAAGCUGCACCAGAACCAGAACCAGAACCGACUGAGUACCGGGCAGAGCCAGCUGAAGAGUCAGCAUCUGAACCUGCAGCUGCACCCGAAGAGCCCGCGGCUGCUGAAGAACAGCCAUCCGCUCCGGAAGGACCGAUGGAAGAUUCAUGGACGCAGGACAGAAGCGAAGGUACCAGCAUUACCCAAGCCCAGCGCCAACGACCCAUGCUCGACAUGUCCUUUGCCAACCAGCAAGCCACCUCACCCUGUGAGCCGGGUCUCGACCUAUGGGACGAAUUUAAGUCCCUACAAUACGACGAGCCAGCAACCUCCAAAGCCACCCCAGUCGAGACGCCAAGCAAUGAACUCCCCUACAUCACCUUCCACGCAAAAGUCUACGUCUUCGCCACCCGGUACCUAAUCCCAGCUCUCGCCCAGCUCUGUCUCCGAAAGCUGCACCGCGAUCUGCUCCUGUUGUCAUCGACAGAGUUUGAAACCGCCGAUCUAGACGACUCCCAAAUUCUAGACGGCUUGGCAGCAACCAAGGCACAGAUGAUACUGGAGCUGGUACACUACGCCUACACCAAGACGGCCCGGCUGGAGCCGAUCUCGCCGACGUCCGCGACCCAGCUUCGGGAGAACCAGCUGCGCCGACUGGUGGUGCACUAUGCGGCGUGCAACGUGAAGGAAUUGGCACGAUAUCAUUCGGCAGAGGAUUCGGUCUCGGCGACACCUUCUUUGCGGCCGGUGGAUGCCAAGGCCGAGCGGAUUGAGACUUCCACUUCGACUUCCCCCAAGAGUCUCCGUGCUUUGUUGGAUUUGACGACGGAGCUGGCCUCUGAUCUUGUUUACCGCAUGAUGUGA